AUGGUCGACCUCGAGAAGAAGGUCUCGUCUGGAGAGUCAACUCCAGACGCCGGCGUCGACACAACCUCCCACCGACUCGGCAGCGUCAAUGAGGCCGAUGCGCUCGCCAUCCUCGGAUACAAACCCGAGCUGCAGCGCAAUCGAUCCAUGACGACCCUCCUCUUCCAAUCGCUGGCGAUUGCAGCCAUUCCAUACGGCGAAGGAGGCCCAUUGAUCUCCGCUAUAUACGGAGGUGGGCCUCUGUCAAUCUUCGUAGGCUGGAUCGUCGUCCUGGUCCUGAACGAAUGCAUCGCCAUCUCCCUGGGCGAACUCGCGUCUCGAUACCCAACCUCCGCCGGCCCAUACUAUUGGUCAUUCCAGAUUGCUUCGAGGGGUAAGACGGUGCUGUCGUUCAUCACCGGCUGGACGUGGCUCAUCGGCAAUUGGACCAUCACCCUCAGCGUGAACUUCGGGCUCGCGUCCCUGCUCGCGGCAACAGCCGCCAUGUAUCAUCCGGACUGGGCGGCCUCUGACUGGCAGCUGCUGCUCAUAUUCUAUGCCGUGUGCCUGGCCAGUUUCCUGAUAUGCACAUUCGCCAACCGCUAUCUGCCCAUGGUCGACACGAUCUGUGCAGCGUGGACAGCUCUGAGUAUCGUUGUUAUCCUCAUCGCCCUGUCCGUCAAGGCCGACGCCGGGAGGCAUAGCGCGGCUUACGCCCUAGGACACUACGAUGAGUCGUUCUCAGGCUGGGGUGGCUUCACCUUCUUCAUCGGCCUGCUUCCCGCAGCAUACACCUUCUCUGCGAUCGGCAUGAUCUCCUCCAUGGCUGAGGAGUGCGCCGACCCGACAGUUAAAGUCCCCUGGGCUAUCUCCCUCUGCGUCCCCGUCGGUGGCUUUGCAGGCCUCUUCUUCAUCCUCCCCAUCUGUUUCACCCUGCCCCCACUAGCCGACAUCCUCGAGGCCCCCCAAGCCCAAGCCCUCCCCUACAUCUUCCACACCGUCAUGGGCACCCCCGGCGGCGGUCUCGGCCUCACCUUCCUGGUCCUCGCCAUCACCGUCUUCUGCAGCAUCAGCAUCACCGUCGCCGCCAGCCGCUGCACCUGGGCCUUCGCGCGCGACAAGGCCAUCCCAGGCUCGCCCCUGUGGAGCCGCGUCAACCCCCGGCUCGGCGUCCCCGUCUGGGCCCUCGCCCUCACCACCGUCGUGCAGCUGCUGCUCGGCCUCAUCAAUUUGGGAAGCACCUCGGCGUUCACCGCGUUCGUGUCUGUGGGCGUGAUGGCGUUGGCGGUCAGCUACGCGAUUCCCAUUACCGUCAGCCUGCUGCACGCGCGCAAGGAGGUCAAUAGCGCGAGGUGGAAUGUUGGACCCAUCGCCGGUGUGGUCGUCAACUGUGUGGCGGUUGCGUGGAUUGGGUUUGAGGUCGUGCUGUUCAGCAUGCCGACGGCGCUGCCGGUCACGGAGGUGACGAUGAAUUACGCCAGUGUGGUGUUUGUGGGCUUUGGCGUGAUCGCGGCGCUUUGGUAUGCUGUUCACGCCCGGAAAGUUUACAAGGGUCCGCCGGAGUCUGAUGGGCUGGUCGCAUGA